AUGAUUGAAGUCUUUAAAAAGCAUUUUUAUGCUACAAAAGUAAUAUUUUUGUCAGGAAAUUUGAAUCAAAAUGUUCCAGAAACUUCAUCGCAACAUCCUCCGAUCAAUUUCCGAUCAAACGAUCAAUUUCUCCUCAUAAAGUACGUGUGGCCGAAGGAGAUGUACGACAUCGACGCCAUGGUCACAAACACAAAUGGCGAUAAAAUUGUCGAUGUCGUACAUCCCAAAGUGAUGGCUUUGAAAAUGGCUUUGGCAAAUACACGAAAUAAUAUCAGCGACAUCCCAGAAGGCAAAAUAAAAAUUAAAUUACCAGUUAAUGUAAUUAAAGAAACUGCGACUCAUAUGACAAAUAUGAUGGCGACAGGUUCAAAAGUAAUGUUUUUGGAGUAUAAAACCGAUCGUAAUGAUUACGGUUUGUUAGCUUUACUGCGAAAAUUGCGAUCGAAUCCGGACAAGGAGCUGCGAAUAUUGCUACUUGGCUUAGAUAAUGCCGGCAAAACAACUAUUCUGAAGCAGUUGGCAGCGGAAGAAAUUACACAAGUGACUCCAACGGCAGGCUUCAACAUAAAAUCCGUCGUUUCAGAGGGCUUCAAACUCAACGUGUGGGACAUUGGGGGCCAAAGUAAAAUUCGUCCGUACUGGAAAAACUACUUUGAAAACACAGAUGUCCUCAUUUACGUCAUCGACUCGAGCGAUCGGAAGCGUUUGCAGGAAACGGGCGACGAAUUGACCGAGUUGCUGCAGGAUGAAAAGUUGAAGGGAUGUCCAUUACUCGUGUUUGCCAACAAACAAGAUGUCUCGAAUUGCUUAAAGGCCUCCGAGGUGGCCGAGUGUUUGGGUCUGGUGAAGCUCAAGGAACGCACGUGGCAGAUUCAGGGCUGCUCGGCUGUCAAUGCGACGGGCAUCAAAGACGGCAUGGACUGGGUUUGUAAGAGCAUCAAGAAAAAGUAG